CCUAUAACUUUGAUAAACAAUUUAUAAUAAUAAAUUAUAAUUCAUUAAUUAAUCAAGUUGGUUUUAAUAAAUAAUAUAUAAUCAUGACAGCAAUGGGAUUUUUUGGAUGUGCAUUAUUAGCAUUUGGACCACCACUUGCAAUGUUUACAUUUACAGUAUCUGCUGAACCAAUUAGAAUUAUUAUUUUAAUUGCAAGUGCAUUCUUUUGGUUAAUAUCAUUAUUGCUAUCAUCAAUACUUUGGUAUGCUGUUGUACCAUUACAAAAUUAUCUUGCAUUUGGAUUAGUAUUUUCAGUAUUAUUUCAAGAAAUAUUCAGGUAUCAAUUGUACUGGGUACUUAGAAAAGCUGAACGUGGUCUUGAAAAAGUAACAACAGCUCAUGUUGCUGAUAGUCGUCAUAUAUUUGCUUAUGUUUGUGGUCUUGGUUUUGGAUUAAUGAGUGGUGCAUUUGCACUUGUUAAUGUACUUGCUGAUGCUGUUGGACCUGGUACAAUGGGUCUUGAAAAAGGUACUGAAUACUUUUUCAUAAUGUCAGCAGCAACAACUCUUUGUUUUAUUUUAUUACAUACAUUUUGGGGUAUUAUAUUUUUUUCUGCUCUUGAUCAUAAAAAUUGGCUACAAGUAUCUUGGGUUGUUGGAUCACAUCUUUUUGUCUCAUCAAUGACACUGCUAAAUAGAUAUGGUAAUUAUUUACCAAGUUUAUUUAGUGCUUAUGUUGUACUUGUUAUAACAAUUGGCAUGGCAUUCAAUGUUGCUGGUGGACGUUUACAAAAUCUUAAAUCAUGUUUUUUUAGAAAAUGAUAAAAACAAAAGACUUUAAAUUUAUUUUUUACAUUUUUUGUUAUUUUAUUUUCAUUGUAUUAUUUAAG